AUGUCGGCCCAAAAAGAGUAAGAUUUUACUUGUUUUAUCUAUUGAUUUCUUUAAAUUUUCAUUGAAAUGUAUUAUAACGAUUCUUUAGUUUUAAUUUUUAAACAUUUUUUGCUAUUUCAGAAAGCCAGAAGAACAAAAAACCAGAAAGAAAACAGGCCUACGUGAUCAGGAAGAACCAGGACCCAGUAUUACAAAGUAUAAAGACGAUAAAAGUCGAGACAAAAAUGCGGAAUACAAUCCGAGGAAGACAGUGGAGUGGAAGCCUAUGAACAAGGGUGGAGUAAGCUAAUCUUUUUAAAAUUUCAAUCUUUUUCAGUAUCAUAAAUUAUAUGUUCGGUUUUAAAUUUUACCAACAAAUUUUUGGAAAACAAACCCAUACAAUUUCUAACAUACUAAGCUGCCUAAAGUUCAAAAAAAAAUAAAACACUCACCGUAGCACAAAAAGUUUUGUUGCAGAAGUUCAGUGUAACUGAUUUGAUCAAGCCUUAAGCUGAUGCUAACAUUAUUGAGGAUUAUCCAAAUUAAGGUGACAUAAAACUAAAAAUAUGUUUAUAUAUAACUCAAAUAAAAGUUUAACAAUUUUAACUACUUUAAUAAACAUAUUUUAGGAACAACCAACGUACGUGAUUUACAAAAAGAAAAGCCACAGAAAGUCGAGCUCGAAGAGCAACGAAGCUAAAGUAGUAGCGAACAAAAACCGAGGUACCAUCACAAUUGAUCAAACUAAUGUAAGAUUUAUUAACUUUGUGACUUCAAAUUUUGUAACGAAAACCUUUUAAAUUUUAUAAGAUAUUGAUUAUAAAGUAAUUAUUCUUCAUUUUCAGACAAGAGGAGACGAGUCCAAAUGA